GGAAUCGAAUACGCCAUAAUCUUCGUUUUAAAUGCUUUAAAUUGCCUUAUCCCAUUAGUUUAAAACUUAUUCUUACCCUCUUAAGCUGUUUAAAGGCUUUCUUUUGUUGAAAUAUGAUGUUUUGAUAAUAAGUUUUGCAGACAUAAACAACAUGCAUCGUGUCUUAAUUACUGGCAACUUGCCAACACUUUGCUUACCACAGGGAACCCAUCACAAACACUUGCAUUUUGAAUGGUAAAUGGUAAAUGGUUGAUAAUUUUUCUAGUAAACUAUCGCAAAUUACAAACAUAAUUUAUAGUAACACACUCUUUCCCCUUUUUUUCUAUCUAAAGCUACAAACAUUUCGUAAGUCAUUGCUGUCAAUGCCGCGACUCUGACGUUUUACUGCAACACUACUUUGAUUGACGUUCGCUUUAUCAAAACACAGUUUUAUAACUCGACUUAAUUAGUUAGAGCAUCUAGUCGAUAAUGGAGGUUUGCUGUUCAUUUAAGAAUAUUGUUGGAGGYGUUUGUGGAGUUGAUACUAGAGAUAAGUUACAGCAACUGGAAGUUAUUCCAUUACUAUCAUGUUCGUUGGAUAUCGCAAACCACAAGUCUUUGUAUUCCUUCUCUGGAYCUGAAAACGAAGUUGAUCUGAUUCUUUGUCGAGCUUCCAUAUUUUCGCGACCUAAUGAUGUAGCUUCAAUGACAAUUUGUCCUUUCCACCGCGGAAGGUUGGGUUUAGGGUGGUCGAGAGGCUCAAGCGCCCGUUGUCGAGUGCCACCUGUCAUUUCAAACCAUGGACACAAGAAGAAAAGCUGGCCGAAAGGAGAAAGAGGCAUUGGAAAGCUCGAGUCGGAGUUUUUGCUAAAUGAAACUGGCGUCUUUAUUCAAGCUGGCUCAGCAAUUUGUCGAAAAUGUCGCGAGAAAAUAAAACCGUUGUCGCAUAGUGAAGAAGUAGAUAAGUUGGAGACAAAAUUUAGGGAGGCAACGCUACAGGUAUUAUUCACAACUUUGCAAAGUAAUUUUGAUGUUCUUGGAUAGUAAUCAGCAUAUCAAGUUAUCUCAUGCAAUUAUUUUUUUCAUUUGCUUUUUCGUUCAAUUCUAUAUAUUUCUUCUCA